AUGCCAAACAGAACCCGUCCCGUCGAGAAGAUUGCCAAAGCCACUGCCAAAUGCUCCGUUGAGGCAGCGGCAUAUGGAAAGUGUGUCCUCGCAGACUACAAUGCAGUGCACAAGGACAUGUGUGUAAAAGAGUUUAUGCGUCUCAAGGACUGUGUUCUGGUAAGUGAGGCUCAGAGACGCUCGCAUAUCGGCGAGAGGGGCGCGGGGCCCCCUAUGGUCAUUGCAUGGCGUUACGGCAUUUAA